ACGCACGCACACGCAUACAUACGCAGUCAAAGGCGCGCAAGAAGUUACGCAGGAGGGAAUGUAUCCCAGACGGCGGGCUGGACGUGGAGGCUUUCUGCGGACGAACGGGCUCAAGCUGGUAGUGGCAGCGCUGGCGGUGUAUGUGGUGGUCCACUUUGCCACCUCGCACACCGGGAGUGAGCCACAGGCAGGGCGGAUGAUGGCCGAUCAGGGCCGUGGGAGUGGUGCGAGUCGCGGAGAUGGUGCCGGGCAUGGAAAUGGUGUUGGUCUAGGUGACGCUGGGCGGGGGCUUGGCAGCCUGACGUUGGGCAAGAGACACGGUCAGCCGCCGCCGCCGCCGUCGCCAAAGGCGCACGGGCCCGAUGGAGGCGGCGGGCGAUGGGCAAAGCCAGCACCCAAGCCAAGCUCGCAUGUGAUUGAUCAUGUGCAUGGGGAGCAUGAUGAGAGCGAGGGCAAGGGCGAGGGUGAGGGCGAGGGCAAGAGCAAGCACGACUCGAACAAGUGGCCGCAGCUGUCCAAGGAGGUGGUGGCCAAGUACGCGUCGAACACGGGCAAGAUUCUGGUCACGUUUGCCAACCACAACCACGAGGACUACAUCCGCAACUGGGUCUACCACCUGGCUUCGAUUCCGAUGGACAACUACUUGGUGUGCGCCUUUGAUGAUGAGCUGAUGGAGUACCUGACGCAGAACGGACUCAACGGCGCGUUUGUGCCUGCGGUUCUUCGCAAGCAGACCUUUGAGUGGGGCUCGGCCGGGUUCAAGAAGCUCAACCGGUACAAGUGGGAGGCAGCACUCUCGAUUCUCGAGUGGGGCUUUGGCCUCUUCAUCACCGACGCCGACACAGUCUUCUUCCGCGAUCCGAUUCGGUGGGUGGAGGACUACGGCGAGGACGCCGACGUGCUGGCGUCGACCGACUACCUGCGCCCGACGACAUGGAAGGACGAGUUGGAGGAUUUGACGCAGACCCACAUUGCGUGGUGGGCGCAGAACAUCGGAAUGAUGUACCUGGCGCCUAGCGAGCGUAUGAUCACCUUUUUCCGCAAGUGGACCAAGCUCAUGAACGACAACCCGGACUACGGCAACCAGUGGUCGUUUACUGAAAUGCUCUCGGACGGCGUCGAGGUGGACUACUCGGACGGUCUGCAGGGGUACGCCAAGCUGGAGCUCGCGUCGAAUCACACAUUCUGGGCUGCCAACCACAGCGUGAUUCUGGGCAUGCUCCCGCUGGCAUACUUUCAGAACGGCCACUCGUACUUUGAGCAGCGUGGAUGGCGCAAGCGCAACAUCCAGCCGGUUGCUGUCCACACCACGUACGUGUAUGCGUUCAACGGCGCAAAGCGGCACCGCUUCCGCGACGACAAGCUCUGGCUCGACGACGACGCGUACUACUCGAGCGGCUACUUUCUGGCCUUUGACAACGUGCCGCCGCCCGAACUGAUGGUGGACCACUCAUGGGACGUUCCAUUUGACAAGGUGCCUGCGCAUCACCUGGUCCUUGUCGACUACCAGAUCCAGCGGGUGUUUGAGGCGAUGGCCGUGGCCCGCGCUCUCAACCGAACCCUCGUUCUCCCGCCUAUCUACGGCACCUGCGAUCGGUACUUUGCCCAGCUCAACAAGUGUCGCUACCCGCACGCCGAGAAGGAUGAGAUUCAGUUCCCGGACGUCGUGCCUGCCGACCAUGUCUUUCGGCAAGAGCUACUUCUUGAGGUCCGCGAGGCGUCGUUCCUCACAAACCCGCGGGUGCCGAUGGCGGUGCUCUCGGACCGGGUCUUUGUCAACGUCUGCGACGAGCUCGACGGCACGCGUGAGGUUGUGGCACCAGUCGCGCCCGCAGGCACCAAGGGUGACGUUGAGUGUGUCAAGCGCUCGCUGGCGCGGUUCGAUGCCAACUAUGUUGCUGCAUCGACUGUCCACCUUGCAAAGGGACUCACCGACGUCGAGCUCGCUGAUGCGCUCGCGCCGGCCAACGCGGCCCGCGUCCUCCACUUUUCGUCGAUGGAGGGCACUUUUGCCGGCUUUGAGGACUCUGCUGAUGCCCUCGCCUUUCUCAAAGAUGCCCGCAAGUGGAUCGGCACUUGGUGCUGUACCUACGCCUCGGGCGCCAUCCACUACGACUCGGCGCCGGCCUUUAUCCCACGCGACAUGAUCUCGCGUGUCCCGCCUGUCUACACCAACAAGUUUCCGUACAAGGAUGAUACCGGCCAGCCGCUCAAGUUCUCGCCGCCACCGACGCCGCCCAAGGCCUAGCAGUGGUACAGCAAGGCUCGAACAACGAGUAAAUGCCAAUCUGUCUCAG